CAAUAUUAAAAGAGGAAACAGAAAAGGGCAGAGAAUCAAAAGCCCUCUUCUUUUGUGUCCGUCUAAUCUAAUCUUCCACGCACCCACGACUCUCAGAGAAAUAGUCAAUCCUCGUCCCUCUUCUCCAUCGAAAUAAGGAGAAUUGAAUAAAUAUGCAGUCAACGAGUUGCUGCUGAAGGAGAAACUCAGAUCAAAUUUAAGACUUGCAGCUUUGUUAGAUAGAGACAUGUUGUGUUUGGAAUGGAGUUGUUAUGAUGACAUCUCAACUAGUUUUGCACAUCUCGCUGAGUGGCAUCCUCUCGAAUCGUUAAACUUCUCCUAACCCCUCUUUUUUUCUUAACUCCCUCGUGGUUUCUUCAGUUUUUUUUUUAAUACAUUUUCAGUUAGUUUAAUUGUUUUGUUUCUUUGGGGAGAAAUGUUUCGUGAUAGUCUUUGGUUUUCCCGUACCAUUGGUUGCUUUGGAUGCUUUGGUUCUACUUCGACUAGAACCCCACAAUCCCCUGAGCGUCCUCCACUCAAACCUGAUACACCUUCAUCUACUACUGAUGAGGCUACUAGCAGUUCCAGAAGCGAUGAUGAUGAUCAAGAAGAAGAAGAAGAAGAAGUGGUAGAGCAGAAGAGCCGCUCUAAACGAUCUGACGAAAUUUUGAAGUUUAGAUUGGAUCAUGGAUUGAUCUGCAGGCAGGUUCCUGUGAAAGUAACUAAUCAACUUAUCCGUGGAGAGGAUGAAGAUGGCAACAAGAUGAUCAAUGAGUAUGUUCGCGAGUGUAAAAUUGGAUCUGGUAGCUAUGGCAAAGUGGUUUUAUAUCGAAGCUCUGUUGAUGGCCAACCUUAUGCUAUCAAGGCGUUUCACAAGUCGCAGUUAUUAAGGCUAAGGGUUGCACCUUCAGAGACUGCUAUGAAUGAUGUUCUUCGUGAGGUCAUGAUUAUGAAAAUUUUGGAGCAUCCUAACAUUGUUAAUCUCAUUGAGGUGAUAGACGAUCCUGAAACUGAUCACUUUUACAUGGUUCUCGAAUACAUUGAUGGAAAAUGGGUUUAUGACGGUUCUGGACCGCCCGGUGCUCUCGGGGAGAAAACCGCUAGAAAGUAUCUGCGGGAUAUAGUUGCUGGCCUCAUGUACCUUCAUGCUCAUAAUGUGAUUCACGGGGACAUCAAACCUGACAAUCUGAUGGUUACUAGUAGCGGUACAGUGAAAAUAGGAGACUUCAGUGUCAGCCAAGUGUUCAAGGAUGAUGAUGAUCAGCUGCGUCGAUCUCCUGGGACUCCAGUGUUCACUGCUCCAGAAUGUUGUUUAGUAUCAGGUAUAACCUAUAGUGGCAGAGCUGCUGAUACAUGGGCAGUGGGAGUUACUUUGUAUUAUAUGAUACUGGGACAAUAUCCGUUUCUUGCUGAUACUCUUCAGGACACCUACGACAAGAUUGUUAACAACCCUUUGAUACUUCCGGAUGGAUUGAAUCCUCUUUUAAGAGACUUGAUGGAAGGUCUCCUUUGCAAAAAUCCGAGCGAGAGAAUGACACUGAAGAAGGUGUCGGAGCAUCCUUGGUUCCUUGGAGAAGACGGGCAUGUUGUUGAGUAUUUUUGUUGCUGCAAACGCAAGUCUGCCUUAAAAGUUGAACAUGAAGAAGUUAAUGGGAUGUUGAAGUCUCAGACCUAGCUAAAAACUCUGGAAGCUUUUUGAUCGUUUUAAAAAAUGUACAAGGUUGAAGAAUAUUAGAAUAUAGAUGCAGGAAAACGUUAACAUCAGGCUAUAUAGCAUCUCCUUAACAGUACAAGUUUGCAAAUUUUCUGUCAUUGCUUAUUCCUUUUCUUUGAUAGUUGUCAUGUUAUUAUCUGUUGUUUUGUAAGUUUUCGAAUAAAUAUGACUGAAAAUACUUUUUAAUU